AUGCUCCACCUUUUCCAUCUGCAACCAGCUAGCCACGAUAAUGAAAACUCUAAUGAUGAUGAUGAAGAAGAGAAAGAAGAAGGUGAGGAGGAUGAUUUUGUGGCUGAAGAUAAACAUGUUGGACAAUGCAAAAUGUGUGAGGAACAUAUCUACUCAUUUCAUAUGAGUUACUACAAGUGUAAGGAUUGUGAUGACUACUCGUUGCACAAAUUUUGUGCAGAAAGGCCAAAAACCCUACGAAACCACCCAUCACAUCCCCAUCCCAACCAUAAUCUUACCUUGUCUGAGGAAUUCUGUUGGAUAUAUUAUCCAAAAUCAAAUGAAUGGAAAUGUAGUGUCUGCAAUCUAAUUAAGCAAAAGAAAUUAUUCAAUUACAUGUCUUAUUUGCAGACUCAAUAUGGAUAUUAUAUGUGCUACUAUGUCUCAACAAAAGAUGGACCACCCAAGCCACCGUCACCAACUGCAACUGCUUGUGGCGAAAAACAUCAAGGGACCUUCUACCAGUGCACCACAUACCUGUGGUACUCGAUCCACUUAGAUUGUGCUUUGUUGCCAACAAAGUUACUUAUCCAACAACAUACCGAUGCCACUUUCACUCAUUCUCAUCCACUUACCCUUGCCUAUUCCUUUCCUGUAAUUGAUAUAGUAGCUAGGUUCUAUCCUAAAUGCAGAGUUUGUAAGAAGCACUUUGAUAGUUAUUUAUGGCUUUACAAAUGCGACAAAUGUCAAUACUAUGCCCAUAUUAAUUGUGUGACUUCAAAGAGAGAGCCAUUUAUGUCAAUCUUCUUACAUCCAGGUAGUGGCAACACUUAUAAAAAUUUCAAAGACAAUGAUUAUCCUAAUCUUCUCCACUGGCCAUUUCCGGAUGAAAGUUAUAACCUUCUCACACACUAUUUUAUGAAAAAUAAGAAAGAGUUUAUUACUAUGAUUAAAGAAAAGCAUGACGGCGAAACGCUCAACCAUUUUAGUCAUCAACACCCACUGAUUCUUUUAGACACACAACAAGCAUCAGUCGGUAACAAAUCAAUUGUUCUUCACAAACCCACGAAGAAAAUUCAAGUAUUAUGUGACGGAUGUUUGAAACCAAUUAUGGAAAUGCCAUUUUAUAAGUGUUCUGAAAUAAGUACGUGUGGUUUUGCUCUUCAUGGGUGGUGUGUCAGGCUACCUUCCAGGAUACAUGACCACCCGGGUCAUCCAGAGCAUGCACUUGUUCUCAUCUCAAACAACCCUCGUAUGUUCAUGGGUUUAUUUUCUUGUUACAUUUGUAGGUUAUAUUGUAAUGGUUUCACAUAUGGAUGUACGACAUGCAACUAUUAUGUAGAUAUCAAUUGUGAAUUCCUACCUAAAGAAAUCACACAUGAAGCUCACAAAGGCCAUCUCCUCUCAAGAAUCAAUGCUUCUUUAGCUAAUGUAUCAGAAAAAAUAUGCAAUUCAUGUAAUUGUUUCCUGGAUUAUGGCAAUAUCGCUUUCCAUUACCCCUCCUGUGAUUUCUACUUGGAUACGGAGUGUGCUUUGUUGUUGCCUGGAAUGAUAAGGCACAAGUUCGAUAAGCAUCCAUUGAGCCUAAGAUACAAUCCAGUUGAGAACCACCCUGGCGAUUACUUCUGUGAAAUUUGUGAAGACAAAUUUGACCCUAAAAAGUGGUUUUAUCAUUGUAUUUGUUGUACCCAGUCUAUGCAUGUUGCUUGUGCGCCCUUAAUCCUUGGGUGUGAGCAACAUGUAUAUGUCAAGUAUGAGAGAGGUGUCUUUGAGUUUUUGAAUGUCAAGUUUGGAGGGACGGUUGAGAUCCAAAGACUUCAUGAACAUCGACUAUCCUUUCUUCAAGGGAUUCAGUCCCAUGGUCUAUGCAAAGUGUGUGGCAAAGAAUUGCAGUAUGAUAUGAUCUUUAAGUGCUUGAAGUGUGAGUAUUCAGUUCAUGGUACAUGUGCUUUUUCAUUUGGCAAUUGA